AUGCUUGCUGCCGAACUUCGUCGUGCUAAACAGCGUGCUGCUGCUCAAGCGCUCGAACGUGAUCAACGUCUCGCUGCUCGUUCUCAAUCUCUGUCUAUAUCUCCUGCAAUCAAUACUAAUCUUUCGUCAUUGAAUCACUCUUCUUCUCUUGUCGUCAUGGAAACCCAACAAUACUCCAAGAUUAUUGAGACUGUCCCUAUUUUUUCUGGCUCUCCUCGUGAAAAUGUUACUGAAUGGCUCGAACUUGUCAAUUUGAAAUUUGAUAUGAUUGGUUACGCUGCUCUCCAAAAACGUCGUUUCAUUCCACAAUAUCUACAUGGUGAUGCUCUUCGGUGGCACCUAGCUAAUCGUGAUCAGCUCGACGACUGGGACGCAUAUUCGAUUGCUCUUGUUGAAGCUUUUCCUCAUAUCGAAACCACUUCUCGUGAUAUGAACUUAAAACUACUUCGAGAUCGUAAACAAGGCAGUACUGAAUCUUUUACGGAUUAUUAUACUUCCAUUCUUGAUCUUUGCCGUAAACACAAUGCCGAUAUGACUGAUCUUCAAAUUCUUGAUUGGAUCAAAGCUGGUAUGAGUCUCAACUUGUAUGAACGUAUUCAAGGAGAAGAAGUUGUUCAACCUCACGCUCUACUUCGUCGUGCUCAACGUCUCGAACUUGAUAAUGCUGUUCUUGACGCUCGUAAAAAAGAAUCCACUACCACUAGUCCUUCAAAGAAGUCUUUUUCUCCUCCUCAUCACUCUUCUACCUGGUCUCCCUAUUCGUUACCAUCGCCACCUCCAUUCACACCCUCAUAUCUACCACCACUUAUGUCAACUAAUCCUGCAUCAACCUCAUAUUCACCCAGUGCUUUUCCACCACCUGCUGCAAAUUCCACCUUCUAUUCUCCUAAUUUUGAUUCUGAUUUGUCAGCCCGUCCUCGACGGCCUAUUAUUUGCUACUCUUGUCAUCAACCCGGUCAUAUUUCUACACAAUGCCCGAUCAAACCUGUUAUUUGCUAUACUUGUCAUCAACCUGGUCAUAUUGCACCACAUUGUCCAUCACGCCCAAACGUCUGA